AUGAAUAAUUUUGACGAAGAAGAAUUUUUUGUUACGAAUAAAAAUGGGCAUAAACUUUCCUGUACAUUUCAUCGUCAGCGUGAUCCGUAUAAAGAUGAAUGGAAUCGUGAACAUGUAGUCAUCGUCUGCCAUGGUUAUUUAUCGGAAAAAAAUGCCAAUUUUUUCCCAGAAUUAUCCUCUGAUUUGAACCAGUAUCACUCAUUGAGAUUUGAUUUCCACGGUUGUGGAAAAUCGGAUGGACGGGAACAAUGGGACUAUGGCGGAUACGAAGAUGAAGUACAUAGCGAUUUAAGAUUUCUGGUUGAAUAUCUAAGAGAUGAUAAGAAACAUGCUUAUUUUAUCCGGGGACUAGUCGGUCAUUCACGGGGUGGAACAAAUAUUUUGUUAUAUGCUUCAUUUUACGACGAUAUACCUUUAAUCGUGAACAUAGCUGGACGUUAUAGACUUGAUCAGGGUAUCCGAGAACGUUUCACAAAAAAACAAUUUGAUGAAUUGGAUAAUAAUGGUUAUUUUAUUAUUAAAAUUCGUCAGGGUACUGAGAUUUACCGGAUCACCAAAGAAGGAAUUAAUAAACGUUGUCAAUUAGACAUGUCGAAGAUCGAACAAAUAAAAAAUAGUUCAAUUUUGAAUAUAUGGGGUGACAAAGAUGAUAUUGUUCCCAAAGAAGAUGUAUAUUUGCUUCGAGAUCAUACAAAAAACGCACGAAAAAGCGAUAUUAUUAUUAUUGAGGGUGGUGACCAUUGUUUUAAAGGAAAAGAAAGCCAAUUAAUUCGGGCUAUACAUCAGUGGAUUGAACAGCGACUGGAAUCAUGA